GAAGCCCGGCUGGGGGCGGCGCCCUACGAUGACGUCAGCGCGGCGCAGUGGCGGCUGUGACUAGCUGGCCGGGCCGGGCCAGGACAGCGGGCGGCGGGCGGCGGGCGGCGGGCGGCGCGGGCCUGGCCCCGGGAUGGCUAUGUUCCGCAGCCUGGUGGCAUCGGCUCAGCAGCGGCAGCCGCCGGCCGGGCCGGCGGGCGGCGAUAGCGGCCUGGAGGCGCAGUACACCUGCCCCAUCUGCCUGGAGGUCUAUCACCGGCCCGUGGCCAUCGGCAGCUGCGGCCACACGUUCUGCGGGGAGUGCCUCCAGCCCUGCCUGCAGGUGCCAUCCCCGCUGUGCCCACUCUGCCGCCUGCCCUUCGACCCCAAGAAGGUGGACAAGGCCACCCACGUGGAGAAGCAGCUCUCGUCCUACAAAGCGCCCUGUCGAGGCUGCAACAAAAAGGUGACCCUGGCAAAGAUGAGAGUGCACAUUUCGUCCUGCCUGAAGGUCCAGGAGCAGAUGGCCAACUGCCCCAAGUUCGUCCCCGUGGUGCCCACAUCCCAGCCUAUCCCCAGCAACAUCCCCAACAGGUCCACCUUCGCCUGCCCGUACUGUGGUGCCCGCAACCUGGACCAGCAGGAGCUGGUGAAGCACUGUGUGGAAAGCCACCGCAGCGACCCCAACCGCGUGGUGUGCCCCAUCUGCUCGGCAAUGCCCUGGGGGGACCCCAGCUACAAGAGCGCCAACUUCCUGCAGCACCUGCUUCACCGACACAAGUUCUCCUACGACACCUUUGUGGACUACAGUAUUGACGAGGAGGCCGCCUUCCAGGCCGCUCUGGCCCUGUCUCUCUCUGAGAACUGAAGGGAAGCGCAACCACCCGCCUGCGUCUGGGGUCAGGGAUGUCCCCGCUCCUUUGUCGCACCUGGCACCUGCUCGGGAGCGCACCUCACCGGACCAGGAGGAGCCUGCACCUGCGCAGGAGGGGAGCCGGGGCCGAGCCUCUGGGCCUGAAUAUGGGCCAGCCGCCGAGGCCGCCAGAGCAGGGCCGCCUGGUCCCACCGGCGUCGCUGGGUUCUUCGGUGCUUCUGGCCGAGCAGGCGGCCUACUUGGGCAGGGCUGGACGCUGGGACCUGGAGCCGCCGCCGUCUCUUCAAAGCCAUGAUACCCCCUCGUGGGAAGAAGGGACCGACGCGUGAGUCGCGCUCCGCAGUCGAGCCGGGAGGAACCCAGGCUGCCGCCCUGCCCAGCCCGACCCUGCCCCGGCCCCGCUUCCACCUUGCGCAUUUGGUACUGGCUUUUGUGAUACUUAGGAACCCUGGCAUCUUUUCUAUAUUAUCCAGUGUGAUAAUCUUUUCACGUUUUAUAGAGCAAAGACAGAGCAGUUACUCUUCA